GUAGCGCAAUCAGUCAAUGGCCGGCCGCUGGAUGUGCGAGGAAACAAUUCGAGACAAAUUUUUAUUGGAAAAAGUGUGCGACAAAUAAAAUAGUGGCACAGGUGUGGAGCAUUAAGUGCUAGGAGCGGGUUGAUAAAGUAAUUCUAGACAAAUUUGCUGCCGGCAAGCCAUUGAACGCUCAGUGAUUUGAGGCGAGUCAAACAGAGAGGACAUAUAAAAUUAAACCGGCAGACAAUUAGCGCAGUCAUAUCAAAAUGCUCUCUAAGGUCUUCCGUAUGGUAAUCCUAGGUGCACCCGCCUCAGGCAAAGGUACAAUCUCCAAACGCAUAGUGAAAAAAUUCGGUUUCGUGCACAUUUCUCCAGGUGAUAUGCUACGAUUAAAUGUACUACAUGCCACCGAUAUCGGCAAAAAGGCGAAAAAGUACAUGGAUGAGGGCAAAUUGGUACCGGAUGAAAUAGUCAUGAAAUGUGUGCUGAGUCGCAUAACCGAGGUGGGUAACAAAUCAUGGAUGUUGGAUGGAUUUCCACGCACACUCGCACAGGCUGAACGAUUGGCGGCCAGCGAACCGCUGCAUGCGGUAAUAAAUUUGGAUGUGCCAAACGAUGUGAUUAUAGAACGAGUGAAAGGACGUUGGAUACACUUGCCAUCGGGACGUGUGUACAAUGUGGGCUUCAACGAUCCCAAGGUGCCGGGUAAGGAUGAUGUGACGGGCGAGGAUUUGGUGCAGCGCGAUGAUGAUAAGCCAGAAGUGGUCGCACAACGCCUGCAAGUGUACGAAGAGAUGUUACGCCCAGUUAUGGACUACUAUCAGAAACAAGAUUUGAUCACCAAUUUCAAGGGACGCACCACAGCGGAAAUAUGGCCACAGGUAGAGAAAUUUUUGUUGGAAAAAACCAGGGCAGCGGUGGCGAAAAGGUUGUAGAACAGCUGAAGAAAAGCGUAAUUAUGUAUGUAGCUUGAGUGUUUGCACAAAGCCCGUUUACUUACUUAAAAAAAAAAAAGUGAAAUCAAGAACAAUAAUUGUAACAUUUUUGCUGAAAAAAAAUGUAUUUUUAUUGUCAUUUAAACAGCGAUAAAUAUGUAUGUAGAUUUAGCGCAAAAUAUCAUUUUUUUUUUAAUUGUAAGAGUGUAUGUUUAUUGUAAGCCAUAAAUAGACGUGUUGUUGAAAUUGAACAAUAACUAUGUAUAAAAAGUUUACACCAUGUAUAUACAUAUGUAUGUAGAUUUACAUAAAAACAAUAAAGUAGAGAAAAAUAACGCCUUCGAUUGCUUAAUAGACUGCUGCUUAUAAUUGAA